GCCCCUUGUAUUAGCAUGUUGUGUAUAGACCACGCCCCUUGCGCUGUGCCCCGCCCCUUCCCACCGUGGCCCCGCCUCCUCCCGGUACUUCCGGUCCCGGCGGCCGCGGCGCGGGCGCUCCGGGCGGGAGCGGCGGCGGGCGGGGCGCGGGGUCACGGCAAAGGUCAAAGAGCCCCGGCCAUGCUGCGCUCCCUGCGCCCCCUGCAGCAGCUGUGCCCCCCUCGGCCGUGCCCGGUGCCGUGCCCGGUGCCGUGCCGCCGGCUGUCUGCACCCCGCGGGGCCGCCCCGGUGCUGCCGCUGCGGCGGCGCCUGGCGGUGGCGGGCGCGGUGGCGGGCGCGGCGGCGGCGGGCUGGCUGUACCUGCGGCAGCAGAAGGAGCGGCAGCGCCGCGCCCGCCGCCUGCGCCAGCUGCGCGCGCUGCCGCUGGGCCAGGGCAGCUUCGAGCUGCAGGACACGACGGGCCGGGCGCGGCGCUGGGACGACUUCCUGGGCAGCUGGGUGCUGCUCUACUUCGGCUUCACGCACUGCCCCGACGUGUGCCCCGAGGAGCUGCAGAAGCUGAGCCGCGCCCUGGAGCUGCUGGAGCGCGACGCGGCGCUGCCGCCCGUGCAGCCGCUCUUCGUCACCGUGGACCCCGAGCGCGACGACGCGGCGGCGCUGGCGCGGUACCUGCGCGACUUCCACCCGCGCCUGCUGGGGCUGACCGGCACGGCCGAGCAGGUGCGCGCCGCCGCCGCCGCCUUCCGCGUCUACGUCAGCGCCGGGCCCCGCGACGCCGACGGCGACUACGUGGUGGAUCACUCGGUGCUGACGUUCCUGCUGGACCCCGACGGAGCCUUCCGCGACUGCUACGGGCGCUCGCGCACGGCCGAGGAGGUGGCGCGCAGCGUCCGGCGGCACAUGGACUCCUACGAGCCGCUGCCGCCCGAGGGGCGGGAAUAAAGGGCGGGGAACGCGCCUG